CUGUUUCGGGAUUGGUGUCAUUGUGAUAAGACGUGUAUCGUUCUUAAGACUGACAGCUUCGACCAAUAUCAAAAGAAGAAAUCAUUUCAACUUCGAUUGAUCCUGACCAAAUAAUACAACAUGCACACCACAAACGAAUAUCCUCCCGUCGAAGUCGACAAUGAGAUCAAGGGACGACUGGCCCUGAUUACUGGAGCUUCUGGAGGUAUUGGAGCCGCUUGUGCACGACAACUCGCUGCUCAAGGUGUACACCUGGCACUUACCUAUUCAUCGAAUCUGAAGUCAUGCCAGAGACUUGUUGAUGAGCUGAAGAGUCAACCUGGAAAUGCGGACCUGAAGAUCACCAUCCACAAGGCAGAUCUUUCCAGUAUUGAGGAGACAACAGCACUGUGUCCGGAUGUUGUCAAGCAACAUGAGCGAGCAAUCGACAUCCUUGUCUCUAAUGCUGGAUAUGGAGUCAGGAUUCAGAAUGUUUGGGAGAUCCCUCUGGAGGAAUUCGAGCACACUAUCAAUGUUAACCUCCGUGCAACCUUCCUGCUCGUCAAGGGCGUUGUUGAGGGCAUGAGAGAUCAGAGAUGGGGAAGAAUGAUCUUCAUUUCGAGCAUUGCAGCCUAUGGUGCUGGUAUCAACGGAUGUCAUUAUGCUGCUUCCAAGGGCGGAUUGCAGUCGAUGAUGAAGAACCUCUCAUCUCGCCUGGCUCCUUACAACAUCUCGGUCAACGAUGUGAGCCCAGCCAUGGUUGGCAGUACCGGCCUUUUGCCAUCUGCGGAUAGCGUACCCGGGGUGGUUGACAAUAUUCCAUUGCAGCGUUUGUGUGCACCAGAAGAGGUCGCAAACGUUGUCUUGAUGUACGCCAAGACUGGAUUUGCUACUGGUCAAUCUCUUGUCGUCGGUGGCGGGUUGCGUUAACACAUGGGCGGUUUACGGUGCAUUGUCAAGGCGUUGGGGUCUUUCCAAUUGAACUAUCUCAC